AUGGCGACCAUCAAGAACGAUCUCGGGGAGGACAUCCUCCCCGGCUACAAGGGCAACCUCUCCGAUGACCAGCAGAAGUCGCUCCGCGAAAUGUACCGGAGGCUGUUUGAGCUCUUUGAGAAGAACAAGGAGGUCUCGGCCGAGGUCGACCGCAAGGGAGGUCCCGCCGCCGUCGCCGCCAAGGGCGAGUCGUCGGCACCGCCGAAGAACGAAAAGGACGCCGGCAAGGACAUCCCCAAGGACGACAAAGCCAAGGAGGAGGCCAAGAGGCAGGAGGAGCUCAAGGAGAUGAACGAGUUCAUCGACAAGUACGGUGGCCCCAUCCUCCAGAGGACGGCGUGGGAGUUUACAAAGAUGGACCACAUGGACACGUCGCUGCUCCGCUUCCUCCGAGCGAGAAAGUGGGACAUUGACCGGGCCCUGGCGAUGCUGGCCGCGGCGUGCAAGUUCCGCCUAGAGAAGGACGUCGCCGGCAUCAUCUUCAAGGGAGAGGAGGGCCUCCAGGACGUCCCCGGCUUCCUCAACCAGUUCCGUCGCGGCAUCUCGUACAUCAAGGGCAACAGCACCAAGGGAGAGCAUCCCAUCUACUUUAUCCACGUCGCGCGCCACUUCACCAGCGCGCAGAAGCAUGAGGUGCUCCAGCAGUUUGUCUUGCUGGCCAUGGAGAACGCGAGGCAGCUGACGACGCCGCCCUAUGAAAAGGCGGUCGUCGUGUUCGACCUCUCGGGCUUCGGCCUCAAGAACAUGGACUGGCAGUGCGUCCUGUUCCUGGUCAAGUGCCUCGAGGCCUACUAUCCCGAGUCACUCCAGCGCAUCUACGUCCACAGCGCCCCCUGGAUCUUCAAGGGCAUCUGGCAGGUGCUCCAGCCCAUGCUGGACCCCGUCGUGCGCGACAAGAUCAAGUUUAGCAGCAAGGCCAAGGACGUCGAGGACCUGAUUGCGCCCGAGAAGCUGCGCAAGGGCAUGGGCGGCACCAUGGACUGGGACUGGGACUACAUUGAGCCGCAGCCCGACGAGAACAAGCUGCUCAAGGACAAGGCGACGCGCGAAAAGAUCGAGGCCGAGUACCGCGAGCUCGCCGACGAGUUCGAGGAGGUCACCAAGAAGUGGAUGACCGAGGGCAGCAAGGACGAGGACACGCCGGAGCUCUCGUACCGCCGCGAGGUCCUCGCCAAGCAGAUCCGCCUCAAGAUCUACCAGCUCGCCCCCUACACGCGUGCCCGCAACGUCUACAACCGCGCCGGCAUCCUCAAGGACGACGGCUCCUUCCACUGGGACUAUCCGCAGGUCAACGGCAAGAUGGUCUCGCAGGACGUCAACACCCGCCACUGCUACGGCGCCCUCAUCAAGUGGCUCCAGGACCACAACGAAGACACCCUCGAGGACUCGAUCGGGCACCAGAAGCUCGCAGAGUUCUCCACCGACGGGUCCAUCAAGAAGUCGUAUGGCGGCGGCGGCGGCGCCAAGGCGGGCGGCGGCGACGACGCCGACAAGAAGAAGAAGAAGUCCAAGGCCGGCAAGGAGGAGGAGGCCGCCGCCGCGGGUGCCGCUGCCGGCGCUGCCGCGGGUGCCGGCGCCGCUGCUGCUGCGUCGUCCAAGAGCAACGGCGACUCGAAGCUGAGCAAGAGCAAGAGCAAGAAGAAGGCCAAAGAGCCCGAGCCGGAACCGGAGCCGGAGUCCGAGUCGUCCACAUCCGAGUCCGAGUCUGAGCCCGAGCCCGCGCCAGCACCUGCGCCAAAGAAGAAGAAGUCGGCGUCCAAGGCCACGCCCAAGGUGGCUGCCCGCAAGCUUCCGAGCGACGACGAGGCCUCGGACGACGACCACCACGAUGACGACGACAAGCCGCAGACCUACACGGGGGCCGCGAUGGGCGCCGUCACGGGCGUCGCCGCCGGUGCUGCCGCCGCCGCGGGAGCCGGCCUCAGCUACCUCACCGGCUCCUCCAAGAAUGGCCAGGCCGCUAACGGCAGCGCUCGCGGCGCGCCCAGCACCGCCUCGCACCAGGACGACGACGACUACGCUUCGGCCAACGAGCAGGACCACUAUCCGGAUGAGGACCCCGAGUUUGACGAGGAGGAGGAGUUCGACGACCAGGCCUCGGACUACUCGGACGAGUCCAUCACGCCCGAGACGGCCGUCGUCCCGAGCUACAUCCAGAGCAAGAAUGUGUCUGCGUCCAACUGCCGCAUCGACGACAACGACUGCCGCGAGGACCUGGCCGUGGUGCGCGAGGCCAUGGCCCUCUUCCUCAACUCGAGGAUGAAGGAGGCCGAGGAGCUCUGCAUCGAAGGCGCAGGCACCCGCCUCUACAAGGCCGAGGGCAUGGCGCUCAUCAAUGCCGUCAAGUCGAUCCUCACCUUUGAGCCCGAGGACUUUGAGUCGGCCAUCCUCUGCUGCAAGCACUCGAUGAACAUCGCGUCGUGCCUGCGCAAGAAGCAGGGCACCAUCAACAAGCUCAUGGGCGGCAACAAGAUGUCCAACUUCCGCUCCAUGAGCCUCGUCCAGCUCCACGCCGAGCUCGUCUACGCCGAGUCGCAGCUGCUCAAGUCGGUGCUCGGCAUCUUCUACUCGGGCGACAGCAUCGCCUUUGUCAAGCAAGCCUUUAGCCUCCGCGCCGCCUACUUUACCAUGCGCGAACUGUUCAAGUUUGUCGAGCAGACCGACGCCGAAGCCGAGGAGGCCCAGAUCUCCAACAAGCGCUCCAACCACCCGACCAUCGACCAGGACUUCCGCUCGGGCGUCUACCUCGGCAACGGUCUCUGCUCGCUCGUGCUGUCGAUGCUGCCCACCAAGAUGCUCAAGAUGAUGGAGGGCUUCGGCUUCGUCGGCGACCGCAAGUUUUCGCUCGACCUCUUUGCGCGUGCCGGCGGCUGGAGCAAGAACAAGCCUCUGCCCACCAUCUCGGCCGACGAGGAGGGUGUGCGCCGCCCGCUCUGCGACAUUGCCAUCCUCACCUACCACCUCGUCAUCUCGAGCUACAUCCCCGUCUCGGACGUCGACUUUGAGUUCGCCGACAAGGUGCUCUCGUGGAACCUGGUGCGCUACCCCAACGGCAUCUUCUUCCUCUUCUUCAGCGCCCGCCUCUACGCCGCCCAGGCGCUGCCGGAAAAGGCGAUCGAGUACUUCCGCAACUCGAUCGAGAGCCAGCGCGAGUACAAGCAGCUCCACCACCUGUGCUUCUGGGACCUCUCGCUCACCUACCUCUGCACCUGCGACUUUGCGCGCGCCUACGAGUGCUACGACGUGCUGUCGCGCGAGUCCAACUGGUCCAAGGCCAUCUACCAGUACGCCAAGGCCGUCAUGCUCUACGAGACGGGCAUGGACGACCGCGCCAAGAGCGCCACCAUCAUGCGCACGGUGGCCAAGCUCACCAAGAAGGUGGCGGGCCGCCAGAUCCCCUUCGAGACCUUCGUCGCCGUCAAGGCCAAGAAGUACAUUGCGCAGCAGAACCGGCUGCCGCUGCCGGGCCUCGAGUUCUCUUACCUGUGGCACUGCAUCGGCCAGACGCCCGUCUUCCUGCUGGUGGAAAACACGCUGACGCGGAUCGACGAGUUCAUCGACGAGCUCGAGUCGUACGAGAACCCCAAGUCGUACGGCACGGGCGAAAACGAGUACUGGUCGUCGUACUGCCUCGCCUUCUUCCUGCGCGGCGUUGCGCUGCGGUUCGUGGCGUACCCGGAGCCGCAGACGCUGGUGCGCCUGCCGGCCGAGGAUUCGGUAGGCCCGAUCGAGGAGAUCCAGGCCGACGCCAUCCAGUCGUUCAACAAGGUAUUUGAGAACGGCCACCGCCUCGACGAGGUGGACCGCUACCUCGUCUACUUUGCCCACUACGAGCUCGGACGCCUGCGCAGCUGCAUGGGCCAGGACAAUGCCGCCAAGGACGAGUUCCGCAAGGUGCUGUCGGGCAAGCCGCUCGAGGCCAAGGGCAAGGGCGGCCUGACGGGCAGCGGCAAGGCCAACUACCUGCUGAGCAACAUGUGCCAGGUGCGCGCCCACGCCGCCAUGGAGACGAUGCGCGUCCAGCGCAACCGUUCGCGCGGCUCGUUCUUCAGCGGCGUCAAUGGUUCGCUGGCCAGCCAGAGCAUCGGCGGCUCGGUCUCGACGCGCUCCAACUCGCUGGCCUCGGGCACGAGCCGCAGCAUGAUGUCGAGGGCGACGACGCAGUCGAGCCGCUCGCGCGGCAGCAUCAAGAGCGGCCGCGGCUACGACGACGACGUCGAGUACGCCGGCGGCAGCGGCGCGCACCCCCAGCGCUCGCGGUCGACGACCAACCGAUCUGCGGGCACCGACUACUCUCGCCGCCGAUAG